AUUGGACUACAAUUUAAUUACCUGAUCCCUUCAAUGGAUAAUUUGGACUGUCUGAGUGAUGUACAGGUAGCAGAGAAGAAGCUGUUUCUAGUUCAAGGAGAGAAACCUCGACUAAUUAAUUGGGAGAAAUAUGGUCUAAGGAUUGGAGUACCAAAAGAUACCUUAUCACCCACCAAUACAUUUGAGGUAGCAGUGGCUGCUCUUGUAGGAGGACAGUUUGUCUUUCCAAAGAAUACAGUACUAGUGAGUGCUGUUUAUGCUGUUGCAAUAUCCAAGGCUCUCUUGAAGCCAUUGCGACUAGAAAUUGAGCACUGCAUUGAUCUGUGGGAACGACCAGGUCUUACACGAUUUUUGAAGUUUGCCAUAGCUCCUGUGAGCACACCUAGUCUUCCUUACCAGUUCUCAAUAGUUGAGGGAGGAGUGUUUAAACCUGAUAGUUGUUAUGGAUCCAUUCAACGUAAAGAGUUCUGUUUGGUAGCUAUUGUUGGGGAGAAACAUCAACCCAAACCAUCAACUAAUGGAGAUGAGUCAGAGGAAGAAGAGGAGGAGCAAGAGGAACAAGCAGAAGAGGAAACUGAGGAGGAAGUGAAAGAUGGUAAUAGUGAUUCAUCCAGUGAUUCUGAUAAGACUAAAGAUCCACCAGGAGGUAGCAGUGGAGGAAAAGAAGAGUCUACUAGUAAUGAGGGAGUAGAGAAAGAGGGGGAGACUGGAGGUCAGCCAUUACAUGAGGAAGGAAUUGAAGAGCAAGAUAAUAAAAGAGUAGAAGAAUCAAAGGAUCAUGAAGAAGCAACUGCUCCAUUACCUUGUACUGAGAUUAGCUCAGAUUUUAACAGUAAACUGGUUGUUUCCACUGGCAUAGUAGAGAAUAUGACAUAUGCUGGAAAAGUUUAUUAUGAGGAGAAAAGAGCUGUGACCUUCACUGCAGCUAAAAAACUGAGUGCUCUCAUUGAGUUCAUUGAGAAGAAACACGUACAAGCUGAGAUUGAUGAACAUGUUUAUUUUUCCUAUGGUCCUUCCUAUUCAUAUAUUGAAUUAAAGUUUGAUGCACCUCAAGAUGAGCCUUGCACUGGUUGGAUUAUUGAGCCUCACCUUAAGCCUUGUAGAUUGCAUCGUUUUGAUGUUGAUAAUUUUGGUAACACAAAUUAUUCUGUUCCAUCUUGUUUGAUAUCAAUAUAUGGAUUGUCUGGUGCUGUAUCAUCACUACACUAUUACUCUGUACCACUAGUGGGUGUUGUUGACCCAGUUACAUUGCUCAUUCAUUGUUCAUUGAGAACUGCUACUCCUCCUCCUCCUCUUCCUUCAAGAAAUCCUACUACCUCCUCCUCCUCCUCCUCUAAUGUAGUACAAGAAUCAACGUCAGUAUCAAGAGCUAGUACAUUUAGAUCUGAUAUUGCUCAUAGAGUAAUGAUAGAAUGUACUGGAACGAUAAAGGAAAAUGUUGGUCUGUAUCCACUGAUAGACAGGCUGGUUGAGAAGAGGAUAAUAAGUGAUACUGAGAAAGGUCGAAUUAUUGAUACCAGCACUGGACUAACUGCUAAUCAAAGAAUGGACGAGCUGCUUAAUUUAGUUAAAGCAUCCAUUAGAGAGAAUGGAGAAGAUUUUCGUUUGUUUCUAGAAUUAAUUGAACAAGAGGAUACAAAAAGAGCUGAUAGACUAGCACUGACACUACUAGAAAAUUAUAAAAAAUUAUUAUAAUUUUUAUUUUGUAUCUUCUUCAUGGAUAUACAUGUACAGUUGUCAUAGCA